GGGACACUCGUACGACGCAAUCGUGGACAUGCUGUCAAGUUUACACAAUAUAAACAUCAGCUUGCGGACUCUAAAAAGUACACUGAGUCAAGCCGGGUUGUACCGCAGAAAGAAUUAUUCCUCUCCAAACGGCGUAAUUAAUGCCAUCAGGUUGGAACUCCGUGGACCUGGACAACUGUUUGGCUACCGAACAAUGUGGCAGGUACUUAAACAAAAGUACAACCUUCGAGUGAGGAGAGAUGAUGUGAUGAAUUUGCUCCGGGAGCUUAACCCUCGAGGGUGCGAGAAGAGAGCAUGCAGAAGGUUUGUAAGAAGAACCGACCAUUCAAUGGGGCCGAACUACAUGUGGCAUGCUGAUGGCUACGAUAAGCUUAAACCAUUCGGUUUGGCCCUGUCAGGAUGCAUAGAUGGAUUUUCACGUAAAGUAGUGUGGCUUGAAUGUGGACCAACAAAUAAUAACCCAACAGUGAUCACUCACAAUUUCCUGUCAUGUGUGCGAAACCCUGGUGUGAUCCCGAUGAGACUGAGAACUGAUUGCGGCACGGAGAACGGCAUUAUGGCUGCAAUUCAGUGUACCCUACGCCACCAUCACCAUGACUACUACUCUGGAGCGUCCAGCCACAUGUAUGGCUCAUCCACGAAUAACCAGCGCAUUGAGUCCUGGUGGUCCAUAUUUAGAAAGGGAAGAUCUCAGUUCUGGAUGAAGUUAUUUGCAGACCUCAGAGAUGCCGUAUACUUCAAUGGGAGUCAUGAGCAUCAGUGCCUAUUGAGAUUUUGCUAUGGUGAUGUUCUUCAGAAAGACUUGGAUGAGUGUGUGAGACUGUGGAACAGUCACAGGAUUCGCCCUUCCAGAACAGCGUCAUGUCCAGGAGGAGUGCCCAAUGAACUGUACUACUUACCACACAGAUUUGGCUCCAGAGACUGUGGAUUUGAAAUUGAACAAGCUGAGUUGGAUGGCUUUCCUGAGGCAAGCCUGCCAAUAGUCACAUGUGGGGACCCAAACAUGCAGGAGUACUUGGACUUUGCUAUGGAGCGCAAUCAACUACAAAAACCAGACAACUGGGAGUCUGCAACAGACCUGUACACAAAGCUAAAAGAAAUUGCUCAGCUAUAAAACAAUCAAAAAGGGAGUAACCAAGUGCUUGCUCAUUGAGGCUUUUUUUUUUUUCCUGCUAUUUUUUUUUCAAAGUGAUUAAGAUCUUUCUUAUAUGCCCUGAAAUCGGAUUUGUAGUGGUGGAACACUGCUGUCUGUCUGAACACUAAAGGUCUGAAUGUCACCCACAGUUUUUUGGUUGAAAUAAAUGAAUCAAAUACA